UUUCCUAAGAAUCUCAUUCUCUCUACUCUUUUCUCCUCCUCCUAACUUACUCCAUAGCUUAUUCUAAACCUUUCUUGUGUUCACCUUCAAAAAAAGCUGGAAAUAGUGCUUAAAAAACAAUGUCACUUUGUCUAUAUUCCAUUGUAUUUGCUCUGCUAUUUCUAGGACCAUUUGGUCAUGGAGAUGAGGAACUAUUUCUCCCACUCAAAACACUUCAAAGGAUACAGCACAACCAUAAUAAGCCAAGUUGUUCAUCUCAAAAAUCAAGAAAUGAAAAUGGAGCAAUAAUACUGGAAAUGAAGCACAAAGAUUACUGCUUUAGAUCAAGAGGUGACUUGAACAAAAGGCUGCAGAAAAGAUUGCUAGCUGAUGAUAUUCGAGUUCGUUGGAUACAAUCCCUUAUCAAGAAUAUCACUUCUCAACAAGUUGAGGCCUCUCAAAUUCCUAUCAAUUCAGGUGUCUCAAUGCAGACUUUAAAUUACAUUGUCACCGUGACAUUAGGCGGUCGAAAUAUGACAGUUAUCGUAGACACAGGAAGUGAUCUAACUUGGGUGCAAUGCCAACCUUGUAGAUUGUGUUACAAUCAACCAGAACCCCUUUUCAACCCCACAAUUUCUCCUUCGUUUCAAUCAGUCGCGUGCAAUUCAUCAGCCUGUCAGUCUCUUGAAUCUGCAACGGGGAAUUCAGGAUUAUGUGGGACUAAUUCACAAAGUUGUGAUUACCUUGUAAGUUAUGGAGAUGGAUCCUACACUAAAGGUGAACUUGGCCAGGAUCAUUUAGUUCUUGGAAGCAGUUCAGUUGACAAUUUUGUUUUUGGCUGUGGGAGGAAUAAUAGAGGACUGUUUGGUUUAGCUUCAGGUCUUAUGGGAUUAGGAAGGAGUGAUCUUUCUUUAAUAUCUCAAACUUCUGAUGUGUUUGGAGGUGUUUUCUCCUAUUGUUUGCCUUCGACUGAUGCCGAGUCCUCUGGUUCACUAGUAUUCGGGGGCGAUACUUCAGUUUUCAAGAACUCUACACCAAUAUCUUACACUAAAAUGGUUCCAAAUCCACAGCUUUUUAGCUUCUAUUUCCUCAAUCUAACUGGGAUGACUAUUGGAGGGGUUGCUGUUCAAGAUUCAAGUUUUGGUAAAAGUGGAUUUCUCAUUGACUCGGGCACGGUUAUUACAAGGCUUCCUCCUUCCAUUUACAAAGCUGUUAAGGCUGAGUUCUUGAAACAAUUUUCAGGGUACCCUUUAGCACCAGGUUUUUCAAUUCUUGACACUUGCUUUGACCUCUCUACAUAUGAAGAAGUGAACAUUCCAACAAUUAAAAUAUAUUUUGAGGGUGGUGCUCAGAUGGAAGUGGAUGUUGCUGGGGUUUUCUAUUUUGUGAAGAGUGAUGCAUCUCAGGCCUGUUUGGCUCUGGCAAGCCUCCAAUAUGAAUAUGAGAUUGGAAUUAUUGGAAAUUUUCAGCAGAGGAACACUAGGGUCAUAUACGAUACAAAGCAGUCACAAGUGGGAUUUGCAAAAGAAACCUGCAGUUUCAUGUAAAUGACAGAAAUUUCUAAAGGCCAAUAAUGACUCGUUGGCGGUGAUUUCUUUACUACUUUGCUUAACAUAGAUAACUAUUUGAGUUUUAUGGUGACAGUUAUUGUCAAGACUGUUUAAUUAAGUGUAAAAUAUCCCAUAAACUUCUCUUCA